AUGGCGAGCGCGGGUGAAGAAGAGAACGACGCCGUGUUGAGCGAUGUCGAAGCCGACGAUGCGGUGCAUAGUGAUAUCAGGAGUCCAUCGCCGGAAGAUGUGACCGCAGAGAAAUUCCAAGAACUUUUUGCCGAGCUUGAUCGCGAGCGCAGAGCGCGCGAAGUAGCCGAGAAUUCGAAAUCGGAAUUGCAAGUGUCUUUUAAUCGAUUGAAAGUUCUCGCCCACGAAGCAAUCAAAAAGCGAGACGAGACUACGAGGCAACGAGAUGAAGCUUUGCACGAAAAAGAGGAAGCUUUGAAAUCAAACGAAAAAUUAUCAGCAGAUUUAGCUGAAAUAAGUAAGCUAAAAGAUGAGAUUUUGAAGCAAAGAGAUGAGUUAGCGAAGCAAUAUGAGGAAACAGUGAAGGCAAAGGACUCAUCCAGGUCGGAGAUCGAAACAGCGGCUCAGAUGUUAGUGUCUGGAACCGAAAAAAUAUCAGGAAAAGUGAGUAGUUAUAAGAAUUUCGUGGGGACUGGACUGCCGAGAUCUCAGAAGUAUUCGGGCUUGCCGGCUGUGGCUUAUGGAGUGAUUAAGAGGAUUAAUGAGAUAGUUGAAGAGCUUUUAAGACAGAUUGAUUCCACUGCAAAGUCGAGGAAUGAGGCUCGGGAACUGAUGGAGCAGCGGAAUUAUGAGAUUGCAAUUGAAGUUUCACAACUUGAGGCCACAAUUAGUGGGUUAAGAGAAGAGGUGGGAAAGAAAAGUUCAGUUAUUGAGAAUUUGGAAAAAUGUAUAGCUGAAAAGGAUGGGAAGAUUUCCGAAAUUGAAAAGGAGAUGCUCGAGAAACAAAAUUUGGCAGAGAAUGAAAUUUCUGAAUUGAGGCAAUUGGUGAGUGAGUAUGAUGAUAAGUUGAGGUGCUUGGAGUCUAAGAUGGAGUUACAGAAGGAGUUAGUGCUUGAUCAGUUAAACUAUGUAUCAAAAAUACAUGAUAACAUAUAUGAUGUUAUUAAGAUUGUCGAUGCUAACAAGUUGGACCAUUCGGAGUUGUCAGAAUCCUUGUUUCUCCCACAAGAAACGGAUAUGGAGGAGAACAUACGUGCUUCUUUAGCAGGAUUGGAAUCUUUAAAUGAAUUAAGUAGAAUUGUACUUGAAAAAACAAGGAAUUUGGUGGACGAGAAGAAUCGUGAGGUAAAAAGUUUAAAUGAAACAGUUUCUCAGUUAGUCAAGGAGAAAGGACAUGUUGGGUGUUUACUGAGAAGUGCUUUGUCAAAAAGAAUGUCAGUGGAUCUAUCAUCCAAAACAAAUGAAUUGUUUAAAGUUGCAGAAGAUGGGUUAAGAGAGGCUGGGAUAGAUUUUAAAUUCAGCAAUCAUCUUGUGGAUGGCAAGGUUCCGACUUCUAAUGAUAAAACGGGUGAAGAUAAUGAAAUAUAUGCUUUGGCUGGUGCUUUGGAGAGUAUCAUUAAGCAAUCUCAAAUUGAGAUCAUUGAGCUGCAGCAUUCUGUAGAUGAACUAAGGGCAGAAUCUAGUCUAUUGAAGGAGCAUGUGGAAGCUCAAGUCAAGGAGCUCAACCAGUGGAAGCAACGUGUGGAGGAGCUUGAAGAGAAGGAGAGAGUGGCAAAUGAAAAUUUGGGAGCUGUACGCCAGGACCUCGAGGAGGCAAAGCAAGCAAUAAUUGAGUCCGAGAGAAAGCUGAAAUUCAAAGAAGAAACAGCAGCUGCUGCUAUGACAGCAAGAGACGCAGCUGAGAAAUCAUUGAGAUUGGCAGAUUUAAGGGCGUCUAGGCUGAGGGACAGGGUGGAAGAGCUAACUCAUCAGCUUGAAGAACUUGAUAUCCGGGAUACCUCAAGGACAGGCCUAAGCAGGCCUAGAUAUGUAUGCUGGCCAUGGCAAUGGCUUGGGUUGGACUUCGUAGGUUCCCAACGCUCAGACAUGCAACUAGAGAGUGCCAAUGAAAUGGAGCUUUCUGAACCUCUUCUCUGA